GCGCCCAUCCACCUAGGAGCAGCAGCAGCAGCACAGAGCCCACCGGAGCGCCACCAGCCAUCCGUCCGCUCGAACCGAUGGCUCUCGCUCUCUCCGGCUCCGCUGCUGCCCGCGCGCUCUCCCAGCUGCUCGCCCCGACCACCAGGGGCUACGCCGCAGCUGCCGCCUCCGGCGCCAUGAGGCGCGGCGCCGCUGACAGGAAGGCGGCUGGCGAGGCCGAGAAGGCCGCCACCGACGCGUCCUGGGUCCCCGACCCUGUCACCGGCCACUACCGCCCGGCCAACCGCGCCGCGGCCGUCGACCCCGCCGACCUCCGCGCCGCCCACCUCGGCCGCACCCACGCACGGGCUUGAAGACCGGCCCGCUCGCUCCACCCUUGUGGUUGGGUCAACCCCACAAGGAGGUUCGUCCGCCGCUAUCGACGUCCCCGGACGCGCGCGCUCUCCGCGAGAUCCAGCUUGCUACAUGCGCGGGAGCCAGGAGAUUUAACUACGAAUGAAUCAGCGGCGGCGGCUUGCCUGUUUCCGUUUCGUCUGAGUGCGUGUGAUGUGGGCUGGAUCGAUGCCCUGUUUAGUGUUCGUGUUACUCGAUGUUAUUCCAUCGAGCAGGGCUUGUACUUUUACCAGUUUAUUAGUACUAAUAAUAAUGAAGGGAAUCAGCGUCAUUCUUCUUCUUUGAUA